CCAUCAUUGAGAUGGUGCUUCCGGCUUCAGCCCCUCCACCUGCCGCUGACGCUGCUCCUGCUUUUGAGCCUGUUGCAGCGCCUAUUGCUCCUCCUGCUGCUGUUGAGGUUGUUUCUCUGCCAGAGUCUGUCCCGCCUCCCCCUGCUCCUGCUCCACCUGCAGUUGAAGUGGUCGCUCCACCUGCUCCCCCUGCCCUUGUAAUCGAACCCUCUCCUCCUCCCAUAAAUCAGCCCAUUGCUUCUCCUCCUCCUCCUCCUCCUCCAGUAAUUGAACCAGUUGCUCCUCCUCAUGUAAUUGAACCUAUUGCUUCUUCAGCCGUCGCUGAAUCCAUGCCACCUCCUCCCGAUCCCAUCAAGAGCGAGCCAAUCAUCCCUCAUUCGCUUGCCGAAUCAGAACCCCUGCCGUCCCCUCCUGUCCUCGAGCCUGUCGCCAGCUUGGCAUCCCAGCCUGAGCUAUUUGCAGCGCCUCCCCUGCCUGAGUUGACUGCUCCUCCUGAACCAGUUGCACCUCCUCCUCAGUCUCCAGUUGAACCAGUAUCACCCGCUCCUGACCCCGAGCCGGCGGCGGUCCCCGAGCCGAGUCCAGUCACGCCACCUGUCGCUGCUCCUGCAGUGGACGAGGAGGCCCUGAGGAAGAAGAUCACCGACGAGCUGUAUAAAGACUUGGAGCAAGAGCGGGCCAAAGCAGAGCAGGACCUGCAAGCCUGGGUGGAGGCGGAGAAGGCCCGGGCCUCCACGCUGGCUCAGACCGAGGCGCGGUCCCAGGUCCAGGACGAGGUGUCCAGGAUCCUGUCUGCGGAAAGAGCAGCGGCUCAAGAGAGCCUUCAGCAGGCCAUCAUCAGAGAGAGGAUCACCACCGAGGAUGAGAAGAUCCGUGCUCAGCUCUUCGAGAUCGGACAGAAGGCCAAGCAGCUGGAGGCCAGAGAGGCAGAUCUAAAGAAGCAGGAUGCUUUCUACAGAGAGCAGGUGGCUCGGCUGGAGGAGAGGAGUGCUCAGUUCUACAAGGUCACCACCGAGAACUACCACAAAGCCGCCGAUGACGUGAACGCCAAAUUCAGGACGUAUGAAGUGUAUCCCGUGUGCGCAGACCUGCAGGGCCAGAUCCUGGCGUGCUACAAAGAGAACGCCGGAAAAACCCUCAACUGCUCCAACAUCGCCGCUCUCUACCUGCAGUGCGUCAACAAUACCAAACAGAACGACAGGUUUGUGUUUGCGCCUCCGUGGACAGACGAUACAACAAGUUGAGGACCGGCGGCUAAAGAUGGAGGCAGAUCCGGGAGGAGCGACGAGAGAAUUUCCAGUUGGGAGGAUUUACCAAUACGACGAACGAGUCGGCACCCAGACACGCACCCUGCAGACCCCCGGCGGAGAACCGAACCAGAACCAAACCCGACCAGAGGCACCGAGCACCGCACUUCCCCCCCUUCCUACCUCCUUCACCCCGCCUCCACCGUGAGGACGGCGCCAGAGAAGUGACACUGUUGGACAGUCUAGAGACACCGCAGGUCGCCAGCUGCAGGAGCCGGCCCGAUCUCGGCCCCCGAAAAACGACACUAAGGAUCAACCGGAGGAACCUCGACACCAGCCGUCUCCGCCACAAACCACCUCAACCCGCCUCCACUCACCCCCACACACCAAAAACUCUGUCCUGAUAGAUGUCAGUCUUGUUCCGUUGUCCAUAACUCCCCCCUUUUCUUCCUAGUAGUUCGUUCCGUUCGCUAAAGCAUCGGUUUCUUCCCUGCAUCCGUUUGUUUGACGUCAAGAACCGACACGUUGUGACGAUGUCUGAUCACAAGGAAUAAAAUACCAACCGAUGCAGGAACUGUU